AUGACUGGAGAUCAAUCAAAUAUAGAGAUAAUUAAACACACUGAGGAAAUAAUUAAUCCUGAUGUUCCAAUUGAAAGUUCAAUUGAUCGCUUUUCUGAUAACAUACUGGUAGUUGGUUCCACCGGUUUAAUUGGUAGAAAUGUAUUAAAGUCAUUUUUUGAUACUGACUUAUAUAUAAAGCAUUCUCAAGAAUUGAAAAGGUUGAUUGCCUCAAGUGAGUAUGAUAGUACUACCAGAAUUAAAGAAGUUACCAUUAAAAAAACAGCCUAUUCUUUGACUAGAAAGAGGCAGAGCGUAGAGUUGUUUAAGAAUAAGACAAUUGUAGGACAGAAGCUAAAAGAAGUAGAACUUGAUGGAAAGACAUUUUACUUACAAUUUGAUCUUUUGAAACAAAUUAAUGAUAGUGGGGAACCAAAAGAGUCAUUUUUGAAGUCACUAACUACUAAAAAAAUGCUAGAAGCUCUUACUCAUGGUAAAGGUGUGAAGGUGACAAGUAAUUCUAAAGAGAACCAAGGUAUCUCCGUUCGUAAUGAAGAAAGUAGUAUUUUAAAGAAAGAUAAGUCUUUAUUAUUCUCCGUUAUUAACUACAAUGAAUCAGAAGGUAAUGUGAUAUUACAGCCACAAGAAUAUUCGAAUGUGGAAUGUUAUUUCAAUUUACAACAAUAUGACAGUUCACUAAUUUUUGCAUCCUCUUCUGGGGAUAUCUUAAAGAUUAACUUUGACUUAAAGUUAUAUCAUUUGUCAGCUGUUGAUUCCACAAUAUGGCCAUCUUUAUUACCAGUUCUUUUCGAUUCUAAUACUAAACUGGUACCAAAUAAAGGCUUGAUUGAAAAUAUAGAUUUAACAAAUGAAAAAUUACCAUUAUUAUCUGAGGUGAAAGUGAUGUUGAACUCACUUGGAAGUAGAAGUCACAGUCCAAAGAAUGAAACAUUUAAAAACAUUGACUAUAAAUUGAAUUUGAGUUUAAUCAACUCAUUUAAUAAUACAUCUGACAAAAAGGUGAUUAUUAUAACCUCUGUGAACAAGAAAAUAUAUACUUUUUUCUCAAGGUACUUAAAUUAUAAAAUGGUAUUAGAGGAAGACUUAAAGACUAAUUUAGACAAUAAAAUCAAUGAAUUAGUAAUUUUGAGGCCCGGUCCACUUGUCGGAACUCCAAUGACAACUAAGCUAAUUCCAGGUUUAACUGCACAUUUGAAGAGAAAUGAUUCUUCCCUGAAACAACUAAUAAACUAUAAGAGAUUCGCAUUCGACUACAAAGUUGCCCUAUUAAGAAGGAUAAAGUAUACUGGAUUUGAACCAACCUGUACUAAUAUUCUAGCUAAAACGUUUUAUAGACGUCCUGGAACAAGUUUGUUAGGUUACACGAUCCCUGCAUCGAAAGUUGCUGAAGUAAUGGUAUUUAAAGGUCUAUGCGUUGGAUUAGAAAAUGUUCAUAAGGAUACUAAAGUUGAGAUCCUGGAAAGCAAAACAAUUGACUUACUAUUAGAGUAA